AUGGCCACCAAACUUGUGGAUCUGGUGUACUGGCGGAGCGUGAAGUGGACCGGUGUGGUCUUCACGGGGCUGGUGAUCGCUCUGGCGAGCCUGUUCCAGCUCAGUGCCAUCACCGUGCUCUCCCACCUUUGCCUGGGUAUCAUGUGUGUCACCUUCCUCCUCCGUCUCUACUACAAGCUGCUGGAGCUGCUUCGCUGUAACCCCGGGGUGCACCCUUUCCAGUCACAUCUGGAGUAUGACAACACUCUGACAGAUAAGGACACAGUGAUGCUGGUAGAGGAGGUGGUGCUACUGGUUGCAUUCGCUGUUACAGAGAUCAAACGGCUCCUUUACAUCGACUGCAUGAUUGACUCUAUGAAGUUUGUUGUGUUCCUGUAUCUGUUGACCCAUGUCGGUGUCCUAACCAGCGGACUGACUCUCAUCAUGGCUGCUGUGAUCAUUGUUUUCUCACUUCCUCUCUUUUACAAAAAGCAGCAGAUGCGGAUAAGGAAGAUUGUUCGAGCGGUAAAAGCUUUUGUGAAGAAAAUCAAAAACAUGUGCCUCAGUCUGUAUAGUAAAGUGAGACCCUCCUCUGCUCCUGCAGCUGCCCCGAAACCUGCAGUUGUACCCGUCGCCAAACAGAAGGCCAAGUCAAAGUAG